AUGGAGGAGGAGGAGCCGGGGGAGGAGGCCACCACCACAACGCCCCCGCCUCCACCUCCGGGAGGAGGGGGGACCGCGGGAAACGAUGACCCCCUGGCACCUCCCCCCAACUCUCUGGGUGUGGUUGCUGGUUGGGGAAUCUCCAACCCCAAUGCCUCUGCUUCUUCCUCCCCCUCAUCCACUCUGACCGUUGACCCUGUGUUGGACACAGACCUCGAGAUGACCUCUGACCUCCUGCAGUAUGUGAAGCUGCCUGUGGUCUCCCAGGCCGAGUGUGAGGCGAGCUACGCCUCGCGCUCCGUCAGCUACAACAUCACUGACAACAUGUUCUGUGCCGGCUUCUUCGAGGGGGGGCGGGACACCUGCCUAGGGGACAGCGGGGGUGCAUUUGUAAUGGAGGACGAGGUCAGCCGGAGGUGGGCGGUGUUUGGGUUGGUGUCCUGGGGUGGACCAGAGGAGUGCGGGAGUCUGAGAGUGUAUGGAGUCUAUACCCGAGUGGCCAAAUACGUGGAGUGGAUACAGAGCCACCUUCACGCUGCCCCCUGGUGGUGAUGCUGGGUUUUUUAACACUUUGUUUUUAUUGGUAGUUUUGUAUAUUUUUUACAAAACAUUCAGACAUUAACAAGUACAGAGCACUAGGCUUGCAAAGAUGCAUUAAAAAAAAAGGUAUCCAUUUAUGGUACAAUCAAAUCAAACAGGUGAAUUACAGCGAUGAUACUUUUGGUACCAGAAUUUAUAAUAUUUUUCCAUUCAAGUAAAGGUCCCAUUUUUUCCAUUACUUCUCAAAUUUAUCAGCAGCAAGUCUUAAUGAAAAAGUCUCUCCAUUGUGUAAAUUUCCUUGGUAAUGCCUAUCCAGUCCAAAAAUGACGGUGGAGCCACGUUUAGCCAUUUGCGAGUUAUGGCUUUCUUUGCACCAGCCAGUAGUUUUAAUAAAAGGUAUUUGUCCGAUUUCCUCAGUCCUUGGUAUGAGGGGAAACAUCAGCGAAAGGCCUGCUCAAAAUGACACCCUUGAGCGACAGUUGGAAAACAUCGCGGAACGGAUCACUGCAGUUGUGAGGUCUCAGAAUCAAAAGACUGACAACACCAUGGAACAGAAGUUUGAUACCAUCAUGGGGAGGCUCGCGGCUCUCCAACGGGAGAUCAAGGGACCAGUG